AAUCCAAACCAGAGCGCGAACGAUAUCGAAUGCAUUGGAUAGCUGAUAGCCCAUCCCUCCUCCCUCCCUCCUCCGGCCGAUCGAGCACCGUCAAAAACCACCUCUCCCUCCCUCCCUCCCUCCCUCCGGUAGAAGCUGACCUCUCAGACCUCCCGCGCAACCCAACCGCCGUGCACGAUGGCGGCGACCCUUUCGUGGUCGUCCCUCUCCAGGUCCUUCCACUUCCCGAGACGCCCCGCCCGUUCCCUCUCCCUCGCGCCUCGCGUCAUCAUCACUUGCUCUUCCUCUCCCUCUCCCUCUCCCUCCUCCCCUCCGUUGCAGUUCGACAUCUCCUUCGCUCCGCCCAAGCCCAAGCCCAAGCCCAAGCCCAAGCCCGGCCCGGCUCCGACUCCGACUCCGGCUCCCGCGGCGUCGACUUCGUCUCCGGCGCGGGGCAGCAGCUCUUCAUCCCCUGGAUAGUCCGCGGCGAGGACGGGCAGCUCAAGCUCCAGUCUCACCCCCCCGCUCGCCUCAUCCACGACCUCGCCCACGCCGACACCCAGGAGAAGAAGGCGAAGAAGAAGGAUAAGCCGAAGAAGACUGCCACGGCGGCGGGGGCGGGCGGCGGGGAGCCAAAGUACUCCAAGGCGGCGCGCCGGUUCUACAACGAGAAUUUCGGGGAUGCCCCGCAGCGCCUCAGCAAGGUCCUCGCUGCCGCCGGGGUGGCAUCGAGACGGGGCAGUGAGGAGCUCAUUUUCGAAGGCAAGGUCACCGUUAAUGGCUCUGUGUGUAAUACCCCUCAGACGCGAGUUGAUCCUAUGAAGGAUGCCAUUUAUGUUAAUGGGAAUCGCCUGCCCAAAAGGUUGCCGCAGAAGGUCUACCUUGCUCUGAACAAGCCAAAAGGGUACAUUUGCUCCGCUGGGGAGAAAGAGUCUAAAUCCGUGUUGGAGCUGUUUGACGACUAUCUGAAGAUCUUGGGCAAGAAAAAUCCUGGACUACCCAAACCCCGACUAUUCACUGUUGGCCGCCUCGAUGUUGCCACAUCUGGCUUGAUCAUUGUGACUAAUGAUGGAGAUUUUGCUCAAAAAAUUUCACAUCCUUCUGCAAAUUUAUCUAAGGAAUACAUUGCAGCAGUAGAUGGUGAGGUGCACAAGCGACAUUUAAUAGCUAUCAGUCAGGGAACAGUUGUCGAUGGAACUCACUGCAUCCCAGACUCUGUGGAGUUAUUGCCAAGGCAGCCAGAGAAUCCAAGACCUCGUCUUCGGAUUGUGGUCCAUGAAGGGAGGAACCAUGAAGUCAGGGAGCUUAUAAAAAAUGGUGGACUUGAGAUUUAUUCAUUAAAGCGAGUCCGAAUUGGUAGUUUCAGACUUCCGGCAGAUCUUGGGUGACUCCUCUUAACCCUACCCCUUUGUCAUCUGUGUGUCCAAUUUACACUAUUCCAUUCUUGAUGCAUUUCAUGCAUGAGCACACUUACGAAUGCAUGUUUUGCGUGAGAUGAUACUUUCAUAUCAGUCAGUCAUUGCUGAUAGCUCUAACUUAUGCUAUAGCACAUUCUACAGGGAAUGAAGUUAUGUUAUCUCUUCAUGUAACUACCGUCCAGGUGGUGAGAUUCAUUAGAACUUUUUGUCUAAUUUGUUAUCAUUUCAGGCUCGGGAAACAUGUUGAAUUGAAACCAGCUGACCUUCAGGCACUGGGUUGGAAGAGCUGAGAAGUCACUGCUUUUGCUGGAUUGAGUUUCUCUGAAAAUUCUCCUGCAAGAACACUCAAAUGACAAAUGGUGAAAGAUGUUCCUUGUCAAGGAGAAUUUGAGCAUUUGCUUCCUGCCCUCUGAGCUGCUGGUUUAGCUACAUUAUUUAUUACUUGAAGAUUAAUACCAUGGGAGGCAGUUGCAGUCGAUCGACAUUCAUACCAGAGACGGAAAAUUCUAAGAGCUGGUAGAGUCAUCUCUGUUGCAGAAUUUCUGGCUGAGUAUAUAUUGAGGAGAAGAGGAAACUCGUGGUCAUCAAUUUCUAUUGCAAGAAGUUUUAGCUUCGUUUGGAGGACUUAAGAAAUUAAUUUUUCUGUUCAUUUUUUGUGAGAACAUGCUCUUCUAAGAUCUGCACAUAAUGCAAUUAAAAUCUAUUUAUUGAAUCAUAGACUUGAAUUGGACACGAGAUCAUAUCUUAACACCGUCCAUGAAAAUAACUUUCUUGUACCAGAGUGUAUAUUGGUUUUGUAGGGCUUCUUUAUCCA